UGUAGGGUUUUGAACGGGUCGCUGAAAGCCUUCCUCGCCUCCUUCGACGACGGUCUUCCUGUCGAAUUGGAAGUCGCGACAGUUCGCCGUUAUUCCUGUUGGAUCAGAAGUAGCGACGGGAGCUCGCUUACUUCCUCCCUUUCGCGCGCUUCUUUCUCCCUUUGGCGCGCUCCUUCAGCCAAAUCCCGUAUAUCCGUCGAACUCCAGGAUUUAGUAAAUCUGGGAUUUACGGCAAAAAGAGGAAAAAAGGAGGAUUUAUUCCGCCGUGAGAUCUACCGGCUGCUUAAAUCCUGUCCGGUAGAAUUGAACAUAAAUCCUGUACAAAUCCUGCUUAAAUUCUGUUGCCAAACAGCCCCUUCAUGUGAUUGCGAGGAUGUUUCCAUCUGAUCCAUCAAAAAGGAAUUCAUUUCAGCGCCGCAUCUGUGAUGGUGAUCUGGUGAUUGUGUAUGAGAGGCAUGACAACAUGAAAGCUAUCAAAGUAAAGGUGGGCUCAGACUUCCAGAAUAGAUAUGGAGUUUUUAAGCAUUCUGACUGGAUAGGAAAACCUUUUGGUUCCAAGGUUUUUAGCAACAAGGGUGGCUUUGUUCAUCUCUUAUUUCCAACACCUGAGUUGUGGACUCUGGUCCUCAGCCACAGGACUCAGAUUUUAUACCUUGCUGAUAUCAGCUUUGUGAUAUCCUACUUGGAAAUUGUUCCGGGCUGUGUGGUUUUGGAGUCUGGCACUGGUAGCGGUUCUCUAACGACUUCUCUUGCUAGAGCUGUUGCACCUUCUGGCCAUGUUUAUACAUUUGAUUUUCAUGAACAAAGAGCAGCCUUGGCCAGGGAAGAUUUCAUUAUGAAUGGGCUGGAAAGUUUCAUUACUGUUUCUGUUAGGGAUAUUCAAGGAGAAGGCUUCCCCGAUGAAUUUUGCCGAGUUGUGGACUCUGUGUUUCUUGACCUUCCACAGCCAUGGCUAGCAUUGCCUUCUGCUGCAAGAAUGUUAAAACAAGAUGGUGUUCUUUGCUCUUUCUCUCCAUGCAUAGAGCAGGUGCAACGCUCUUGUGAGACUUUACGACACAAUUUCACUGAUGUGAGGACAUUUGAAGUUCUUCUCCGAAUGUAUGAAAUUCGAGAGGGUAGGAUGGAAGUUGGAAGAAAUGGAGUCCCUAUGGUAUUGAAACCACACAAGAAACGUCAGCAUUUGUCAAGUGAAGGAGAAUGUGAGGAUGAGGAAAGACCAACCAUAAUGGCUAAACCAUGCAAUGAAGCAAGAGGGCACACUGGUUAUUUAACAUUUGCCAGACUUGCUUGUACUUGAUUUUGACUAAGUUUAAGUAGCUCCAUCAUGAUUAUUCUCCUAAUCCAUUCUUGUUGAUUAGGAGUAAAGCAUGUAAGCUUGAGACUAUUGUUUUCUUUAUUUAUAUGAUUGCCAUGCUUUUAUGAAGUUAAUUGAUAGGAUUUCAU